CAUGCGUCAGCGGUCAGUCACUCCUGCGAGAACAAUGAGAGAACAGUCGGAAGUAUCAGACUCAGAUGUUCGUUAUGCCUAUAGCCUGUACGAAAUCAUCUACCGAGUCAUGGGACUCUGGCCUUUCACUUGCCAAAAUAUCGGGUCUUGGGGUCUAACGAUAUUUGCGUGCACAACGCAGAUAACGAUGAUACUAUUCAUGACUGGGGAGACAAUAAUUUCUGCUUCACAAGUCGAUCCGCAACUGAUGUCUUUCUUAUCAUGUAAUUUUCUAUCGCUCACGAAAAUUAUUGUUGUCCGAGCUAAUUGGAGUAAGAUGCAAUUGGUGAUUAAAGACUUGAUCAGUGCCACAAAUUUUCUCCACGAUUCAAAGGCUCUGGCGAUCGUGAGGGCUCGAGCCAAAUUGGGGAGGACAAUCUGUAUUUAUCAACUCGGAGGCACGUAUUUUGUUUGUUUACCAACAAUCAUAGCCACAUUACCGAUUUUCGCAACGAUCGUCAAUGAGACGGUCAAUGACACCUCGUCAGGGUUACGAUCGUUUCCUCUUCAGACCAGUCGUUUGUUCGGUGGUCUGUCAACAUCUCUCUACGUCAUCAUGUUCGGUUAUCAGAUCAUUCAGCUGUUCUUCACGUGCACUGGAAACGUGGGGAAUGACGUCUGCUUCUUCGGAAUUGCAUUGAAUUUGACAGCACAAUUCGAGUGUCUGGCGCUCAAUUGUGAGAGCAUCUCUGAACCGGACACCGAUGUCUCCCGCGAAAAUAUAUUCUCUGGGACGAUCAAGAGACAAGUCGAGCUGAUUGAACUCGCCAAGCAUUUGGAGAGAACUUUCAACUUGAUUAUUCUUUGCAUUGUAUCAGCGAAUUGCUCUCAAAUUUGUUUCUACGGAAUCUUAAUCAUCAGGAGUGCGAGGGCUGGUGACUUGGUUGUGUGCAUCAACACCAUAAUCUGCGUUAUAAUUCUGACUCUUCAAAUGUUCAUGUACAGUUACGCCGGUGAUAGUUUAUCACGUGCAAUUGAAAAUGUUGGUACAACAGCGUACAAGUGUCUCUGGUACGAAAUGUCACCAGCGAAUAAGCAGAAUGUCCUUUUCAUUCUGGUACGCACAUCAAAAAUAUUUAGUUUGACAGCUGGAAAAAUUUAUCGUAUGGAUUUGGACAGCUUCAAGAACAUCAUCAAAGCCAUUGGCUCGUACUUCUCCGUCAUGCAGGCUAUGUUCAACGAAUAAAAUACUUCACAUUCUCAAAGAUUCAUAUAGUCAUGUGUAGAUAAUCAUCAUUCUAAUACCAUCGACUGUCUAGGAU